AUGACAAUAAAUAAAGCACAAGGUCAAAAGCUUGAUUUCGUUGGUUUGUAUCUUCCAGAUGCUGUCUUCUGUCAUGGUCAACUUUAUGUAGCAUUAUCAAGAGCAAAAAGAAGCACAAAUAUAAAAGUUCUGCUUAAACAAAAAAACACAGAGGAUUCAAACAGUAGAUCUAUAGUCUUGUGUUCCCAACGGAUUUUAAAUGGCGACAUGACUGUUAGUGACUUGUUGUCUCUUCCACUUAACUUCCUUGGAAGUGUUUAUCAACAAACAGUAGAAAGGUUGGUCAACAUGAAGUCUUUGUUCCAGUUACUAGAA